AUAUACCGAUAUCGUAUAGGUUGGCAGGGAUUAAUAAAAAAAAUUUACAAUAUUGAUAAAAAAAAAUGGUCUUUAAUUUUACGAGCUCUCGAGCAAUAACAAUUUGUAUCGAAGGUCAGAGAGCGAAAAAAAAAAGGAGGAGAAGAGGAAGAAGAAGAAGAAGAAGAAAAUGAUUAUACCUGGGUAUAAUAUAAAUUUAAAAAAAAAUCCUUGGGUCUCUCUCUUUCUUUCAAUAUCGUAAAAAAUGAUAAUUCUUUCACGGAUAUAUGCAUAAUGAUAUUGUACAUUUUUAAAUGUUAAUUAAUUUAACCGAUGAUGCAGAACUCGAUGAAAAUGUUAUCAUUGUUAGACUUUCAGUUCAUCUACACGAAGUCAUCUUUAUCGCGUUCUCCCUUUAUUUUUAUUCCCAAUGAAUAUGGUAGAAAAUAGAUUACGUUUAUAACAUUUCGUUGCACCGAAAAUUUUCAAACGAUACUUUCUCUCUCUCUCUCUCUCUCUCUGUCUCUCUCUCUCUCUCUUCUUUCUUUCUUUCUUUCUUUCUUUCUUUCUUUUAAGAUCAACACACCGACGAGAUUUUACAAUCAACGUCAGCUUCAAAUCGAACUCUCCGAUAUCAAUAAGUCUAUACGAACGGGUGGUGUGUAAAUUAUAUUAAAAAAAAAUAUAUAAAAGCGAUUAAGCUUGACAGUAAAAACAAUUAUACGUCCGGUAGCUCAUGAUUGUACUGAUAAUAAUAAUAGUAUUAGUAACGGGGAAACAAGUGCGAGUGGCUAAACGCGAGUAAUAAUCGCGGUUUAUCUUAAAAGUGGUACGUUCGCCUCUCGGCGGUUCUGAACUUUUGAUCGGAAACGUAUCCUUUCAUUGCAAGUGCCCCGCGAAACGAAAUGGUACAUCUUUGAAAGAAAAUAUUAUUUAUACUUCGUUCGACGUGUAAGGAAUAAUAUAAAAGAAAAGAAACGAAACAAACAAAUAUGGAAUAAUAUUAAAGAAUAUCAAGAGAAAAUAUUGAAAUAGAAAAACGUAACUAUCGUUCGUGUGUAGAAAUUUUUUGAAGAUUUCAUUUUCAUUUUAGGAUUGGUAACUUAUGAACUUUUUAUAAAUAUCAAUGAACCGUUCGAAUUAAGAUUGAAGUUAGAUUUGCAAUUAUAAUUACCCCAUCCGAGCCCCUCGUAGUUCGGCACUGGACGAAGCAAGCAGGGAUCGUCGCUGAUGAAUUCGUUGUCAUUCCGCUGGACCGUUCUGCGAGAGACAUUCUUCGAAGUUAACACAGUCUCGGUUAUAAGAAAGUAUCGAAACGAUCGAUCGAUCGAUCGAUCUAUUUUUCUCUAAAUCGGAUCUAAAUAAUCCAGACGCAGUACUGUACGAUAUGUUGCUCGGAAUAUUCGUAGUUUUUGCUUCGAUCCUGUCAUCCGUUUUGGCAACCACGGUUAAUCUUACCAAUAACGGUUUAAAGAAAGAAGAUUUCUUCUUAAAAAUUCAAUCGGUUAUAUCGCUGAGCGAAGUGACAGAUUUAAUAUUACGUCAAAAUCAAUUUGACAGUUUUCUCGAUUGCUCGACGAAUUUAGCUUCCUUGAAAACAUUGGAUCUAUCGCAGAAUCAUCUGCAACGUUUCUUUUUCCUUUGCAAAGACGAAUACAAUCUGCAAGUAUUAAAUGUCAGCCAUAACAAGUUGGAAUAUAUUGAUGACAAUGCGCUCAAUGAAAGAAUAUUGAAGCUUAAAAUAUUGGAUUUAUCAUCGAACAAAUUAUCUAUCGUCAAUGAGACUAUGUUGGAACAUUUAAAGAUUUUAGAAUUUCUCUCGUUAGCUGACAAUCCGAUCGGUGAUGGAAUUCACGAAAAUGCAUUUUGGACGUUGAGUGCGUUGAAACAUCUCGAUUUAAAAAAUGUCUCGAGUUCUUUCUUCUCCGCAGAGCUAUUUAAAAAUUUAAUUAAUCUUUCGAUUUUGAAUUUAUCAUGGAAUCCGAUAAGUAUGAUCCCUCUUUUACCGAUGACUCUAGAAGAACUUGAUAUAUCGGGAACGGAAAUCUUUCAACUGAAUGGUUUAUUCCUACCACAACUAAGAGAACUUAAAAUGAAUAAUAUGCCAAAUUUGACGAAACUUGGAUUAAACGAUUUAGAAAAUUUAACAAGUUUGGAGAUAUUAUCAUUAGCAGGAUGUAGAAAUUUGGUGCAACUUACGGUUUGGCCGCAUCAUGGCCUUUUAUUACCACGACUUCAACGUUUAUCGAUCGAGAAUUGUGCUUUGGAAACUUUGGAGUCUGAUCUUCGAUUGAUUUUACAAAGAACGGCUGUUGUAAAUCUUCGGGAUAAUCCAUGGAAAUGUGAUUGUAAAAUGCAAUGGCUUAACAUGAAUAAUUCUUUGAAAGAAUUGAGCACAGAGAUCAAAUGUUCCAUGCCAGAACGACAUCGUAGCAAACUUCUCAAGGAAAUUCCAAUCUACGAAUUGGAAUGCGAGUCGGUUUCAUCGAUUUUUUAUCCAAUUUUAUGGUCCGGCAUAACAUUGCUAAUCGUUUUCGUGAUACUUCUAAGUGUUUUCUUCGCUUUUAAGAAACAAGAUGGAAAAUGGAAAAUGGAAUUCGUUAGAAAUCGUGAUACUGUUACAUACACAAACGUUGUAGAGUCAUCGAAUGAUUUGGUAAGAAUAUUAACUGUCAAUGAUAAUCACGAAUGUAAUGACGAAUGAAGAAAAAGAAGAAAAAGAAGAAAAAGAAAUAAAAUCGUGAUAAUAUAAGCAUAGAAAAUAAUAUAAUAAGGAUAUAAAUAAUAAGAAAACGGAUCGUUUUCAACAACAUAAUAUAUAUUCUAAUUUUAGAAUUAGAAAUUAUUGCCAAGAAAAAAAAAAAAAAAGAAAAAAAAGAAAAUCCUUGUGUUACAUAUACGUGUACAGUACUUUCUUUCACGAUCAUACAUGCGUAGCAAUAUAUUAUAAAGAACGAAUCAAUAAUUAUAAUAAAUUGCAAUAAGAAUUGUGAUUCAAUGACAAAUUGUAUAAAUAUAUUAUUUGAUUAUUUUUAGA